AUGGUUUUCUCCACUCUCCGAAAUACCUCAAAAUGGCUCUCUCUGAGUUCAAUCGUCCUGCUUUGUGGCUCACAAGCUGCCCGUGCGGUCGCUUUGGACUAUGGUCGUCUGAUGUCGAGGUCCAUGAUCAACCCCUCUGACAUUUCUGAUAGCUACGACUUUGUGAUCGUUGGUGGUGGAUUGGCAGGUCUGGUGCUCGGAUCCAGACUGUCUGAAGACUCCUCUACGACAAUUUUGGUGCUUGAAGCAGGCGGCACAGGCGACGAUGUUAUCGACACCAUCUCCCAUCCCGGUCUGGCAUACUACCAGGGUCUCGUUGGAAGUACCCACGACUGGCAAUGGAAGUCGGAGCCCCAGAGCAACGCAAACAACCGCGUGAUGAACUGGCCAGGCGGCAAGAUGCUAGGCGGUUCGUCUGCUCUCAACGGGUGCUACCUAGUCCGACCGAGUGCUGUUGAGGUCGAGGCAUGGCACGACUUGAUCAACGGAAUGGACGGUGCAGACAACUGGACCGCCGAAAAGUUUUUCGCUGCCAUGGACAAGUCGGAGACAUUCACCCCUCCCUCCUCUGAUAUCCAAACCAGAGGAAAUAUCCAAUAUGUAGCCAACUCUCAUGGUUCCUCCGGUCCCCUCCACGCCAGCUACCCAGCCUAUCUCCCCGAAGUCAUUGGAUCAUGGACAGCUACCCUCGGCAACAUGGGUAUCCACACCUCCACAGACCCCUCCGACGGUGACGGUUCUGGCGCAUUCGUGACGACCUCGACGAUCAACCCGACCAACUGGACACGCUCCUACUCCAAGACGGCCUACAUCGACCCUUACUACCGCCCCAACCUGCACAUCCUUACCGACGCAGUCGUCACCAAGAUCGCCUUCGAUGGUACCAAGGCUACCGGUGUCGAGUAUGGUGAGGGCAAGAGUGUUGGUGUCAAGAAGGAAGUCGUCCUAAGCGCUGGUCCUAUUGGAAGUCCCGCGACCUUGAUGAGGAGCGGUGUUGGCCCAAAGGACGUGUUGGACGGUGCUGGUGUCAGCACAAGUGAGUAG